CAAUCUGAAAGAGUGGUUGUCAGUGUCACUUGUCAGGUUGUGAUUUUUGUAUUUUGUUGAUGUUGGCUUUUGCUGCAGUUUUUUGGACGAAAUUGAAACUUUUACUGGAUAGAUCGAUUCCCGAACGUCGUUUUCGUGCUUGUGAGUAAUGGAUGUUAUCAUUGUUAUGGGAAUGCAUCUGUAGACUGCAAGAUUUAUCGGUCUGCGAGGCCCUCAUUGUGAGGUGCAUUUUACUCCUCGAUGAAGAACUUUUCCCUCCGCUCUGCGCUUUGACGUGUUCCGUGUUUCACCGCUCCUUAAAAAUCGCUUUCUCAGUUUCCUGGUGUUGCUGUUGCAAAACGACACAUCCUCCCACUAUAUUUGUGCGGGUUUCAAACACUUAUGAAUCCAUACUGAUGUGUAUGAGUUUAUUGACUUCCCACCUGUGCGUCGGCGAUGUCUCUCUUUUUGGAUACCAUAACGGUGCUGGUCAGCCAGUUUAUAUUUUUUGGAAUUGGAUGGAUUUUUUUAAUGACACGUCUGUCUCGGGACUACGAGAUUCGAAAUCAUCCGGUGCAGAUUUUGUUUUGCUUGACAUUCACGUUAUCCGUAACACUGUUCGAGCUGUUUAUUUUCGAAAUCCUUGGACUGCUACAGACGGAUUCGCGCAUGGUCCAUUGGAAACUCGGGAUAUUUUGUCUGAUCGUCAUUCUUGUGGCGGUGAUUCCGUUUUACAUCGCUCGAUCCAUUGUCAGCAUUGCUGCCUCUAAUGCACGUAGUCUACCGUUCCGGCAUUUACAAUCGAGAGUAGUUCACUUUCUCGCUUGGUGCUUGUUUCUUUACGGAUUCUGGAAGAUCGGAGAUCCGUUCCCCAUACUCAGCGCAAGAGAGGGAGUUUUUCCCACCAUGGACCAUGCAGUUGGGCGGGUGGGCGUCAUCGGUGUAACAUUAAUGGCGGUGUUAUCCGGUUUUGGUGCUGUGAACACACCGUACAUCUACUUGUCUUGCUUUUCUGAAACAGUGGGAGAUUCCCACAUCCGGUUGCUGGAACGACGUCUGGAGCAGGGAAUCGAAAUGUUGGCGACAAAAAAGAAACGGUUAGCGGUGAUGAACAACCGGUUGAAUGGGGACGCUGCUGACGGAGCUUCCUGGUGGAAUCCGAUACGCCGUAUAAGUCCUAGUUCGACGGAUAAUGCGUCACAGCUUCAGGGGGAAAUUAAUACGAUGCAAGUUAUGUGUACGCACCUGUUUCUGGAGAUCGACGAAUUUCAGAAGAUGAAAGCUCGCCAUGAAUAUUCCAAAACAUUCCAAGGUUUCAUUUUUCAUUGCUGGGGAAUGGCGUUGACUGCGUAUUGUAUUUGGAAAAUACUUAUGACGAUGCUUAAUAUUAUUCUGAAUCGAGUGACACACCUGGAUCCUGUAACGCGUUGUUUGGAAAUUGCUGUUAAUUAUAUUGGACUGCGUGUUGAUGUCCAGUUAUGGUCCCAAUACGUUUCUUUCGUACUUGUUGGAGUGCUGGCGUUUACUUCGAUUCGGGGACUGCUGAUAACUUUGACAAAAUUCUUUCAGUUUUCAUAUGUGAUCUCCAGCAGCCGGUCGUCGGAUAUUAUUGUGCUUUCCUUUGCAGAAAUUAUGGGAAUGUAUUUCGUGUCAACGAUAUUACUGAUGCGUUUAAGUGUCCCGCCUGCCUACCGGGCCAUUAUCUCUGAAGUGCUGGGAGAACUUCAGUUCAGUUUUUAUCAUCGAUGGUUUGAUGUGAUAUUCCUGCUCAGCGCCUUCGCUAGUGUGGCUUUCCUUUAUUUGGCUCAUCGUCGCCUGCCUAGUAAAAAUGACCUGUGAAACGCAACGAAUACGGACACUCCAAUACAGAUAAAUCUGUUUGACGUUUGUUGCGCUUGAUGCUUAGUGAUUUUCAGUUUUGCUCGAGUAUGGAAUAGUUGUGAUAGAAUCAAAUUGUUAGUUUUCUUGGAUUGCACAGACGCGUGUUAUAAUUUAUUUGUUAUUAAAUUUUUGAAUUUUGAAACUGCAUGGUUCUGGAGCUGUUAGGCCAUGAACAUGAAGUCACGAA